UCAUCCUGGCUGGAAGAAGAAAUCCCGUCGCGAGUAGCGGAGCAGCCGGCAGUCUGUGCUGCGAGCGAGCGCUCUUCAAAGGUGUCUGUCUGAUUCUCUGCAAUGUCCACCAAAAUCGCCAUGGCUGACGAGUACAUCAACGAGGAUGGACCCAAAAAGGUGUCCAUGGCGACUGUGAUCGACCGGUCGGAAAUCAAAGAAGCGUACGAGGACGUGCGGUCGGACGCGUCGCCCACUGACUGGGUCGUGUACAAGUUUGAAGACAGCAGCAUCGUGUGCUCGGCCAGGGGCGAGGGCUUCGAAGACUUCCGCGCCCAAUUCCACGACGACGAACGCGCUUUUGGUUACCUUAGACUACAGAUGGGCGAUGAAAUGAGCAAAAGAAAGAAGUUCCUCUUCAUCACUUGGAUUGGGCCUGCGGUCGGUGUUAUGAAGCGAGCCAAAAUGAGCACUGACAAGGCGAAAAUGAAGGAAAUUCUCGCGAAUUUUGCCGUCGAGUUGCAACUGGAGAGCUCUGCUGAAUUUGAGGUCGAUUUCUUCAUGGACCAGCUGGUGAAAGCUGGAGGUGCCAACUACGGAACGGGCGUUCGAGAUCUCUGAAUGACCAUCCUCCAAAAACUCUGCACUCGAAUCUAACUAAUCACCGUGAAAACUAAUUUAAAAUACUAUACCCUUUGAAAAAAUCAUUAUUUUAUUAAACGUUGUGAAGUCAAACAAAAUAUUUCCCUUCUUAA